CCCCGGGCUGACGUCACUUCCCUUACAUCCCAUAUCGGGGCAAGGGAAGCGGUCCGGUGCGGGGACAGGGACAUAUUUCCACUUCUCACCCCUUAUUUUAGCCUUUUCUACUGCUGGUGGCGGUCUAGUUGGGAAUCUAGGACUCAGAUACACAAGGUGUAAGGAUGGGGUGUUUAUAUCUACUACUGGUGCUGGGGGUGGUGGCAGCAGCAACUGCUCAGGAUGUGAACCGCUGUAUAGCCAAGAAGCCACGGAACUGCGGGGAGUGUAUCAUUAUUGGACCGGAGUGUGGCUGGUGUAAACAAGAGUCUUACGACAACACCCGUCGGUGUGACCAGUACCAGAGCCUGCUGGAUGGAGGAUGUCCCAGGGACAUGAUCGUGUACCCACGCAGCAAACUCACCAUCAUCAAGGAUGAGUUUCUCAGCACAGCCUACCAGCUGAAACCACAGGAGGUCACCAUCAAGAUCAGAGCAGGUGAACCCUACACAUUCCGCGCUGCGUUCCGGCAGGCGGAGGACUAUCCCGUGGACCUGUACUACCUCAUGGACAUGUCCAAGUCCAUGGAGGAUGAUCUGCAGAGUCUACGGGCACUCGGAGAUACGCUAGCUGAAGAGAUGCAGAUGAUCACCAAGAACUUCCGGAUCGGUUUUGGGUCGUUUGUGGACAAAACUGUCAUGCCUUACGUCAGCACUGUGCCAAAGAAACUGCUGGAGCCGUGCAGCGGUUGCGCCGCGCCGUUCGGCUACAAGAACGUGUUGCCGCUGACGACGAGGACCAACAUGUUCACCCAGGAGCUCAACCUGCAGGAGAUCUCCGGCAACCUGGAUGCUCCGGAGGGGGGCUUCGACGCCAUGAUGCAGGCAGCUGUCUGUACGGGGGAGAUCGGCUGGAGGAACGGCUCCACGCAUCUUCUUGUGUUUUCCACCGACUCAUCUUUCCACUACGCCGGCGACGGGAAGCUGGGCGGGAUCGUCACGCCUAACGACGGGAGGUGUCACCUUGAUGACGACAUGAUGUACACAUUCAGCAACUACCUGGACUAUCCUUCAGUUGGCCACCUACAGAGGAAACUGAAGGAACACAGGAUUCGGCCCAUCUUUGCUGUCACUGCUGACCAGGCCUCUGUCUAUGGGAACCUGAGUGAUCUGAUUGAGGGGUCCGUAGUGGGAACACUGGCUGGUGACUCCUCCAAUGUGGUGGAUCUGAUCAAGAGUGCUUAUGAGGAGCUUAGGUCCACUGUGGAGCUGAAGACAGAAGACGUGCCCAAUAAUGUGACCCUGAAGUUCAGGUCCGUCUGUCUGAACAACGAGACGUUUGAUGGGGCAAAGUGCAGCAACCUGCAAGUGGGAGACACGGUUUAUUUUGACAUCACAGUUGUGACAGAAGGAUGUCCCUCCAGAAGGCCAAAGACGUUCACAGUGUACCCUGUAGGCUUCCAGGAGGAGCUACUGGUCAAGCUGGACUUCAUCUGCGACUGUGGCUGCCAGGCUGACGGAAUUGUUGCCAGCCCAUUGUGCUCGGACGGAAAUGGAAUAUUUGAAUGUGGAGCUUGCAACUGUAAUGCUGGCAGGUACGGCCCUCAGUGUGAAUGCACGAUAGACGAUAACGAGGCCUCAGACUUCGACGCGACCUGCCGCCAGGCGAACUCUUCGGUGAUCUGCUCGGGGCGUGGGGAAUGCAUCUGCGGGGAGUGCGUGUGCUUCCCUAGGGACAACCCCCGGGAGAAGGUGUAUGGGCCGUUCUGCGAGUGCGACAACUUCUCCUGUGACAGAUACGAGGGACUCAUCUGUGGAGGCCGUGGUGUGUGUAACUGCGGAGUAUGUGAGUGUACUGCAGAAUGGGAGGGCAGUGCCUGUCAGUGUCCAGCAGGGAACAGCACCUGUGUCGCCACCAAUGGCCUCCUGUGUAACGACCAGGGCUUAUGUGAGUGUGGCAUCUGUAACUGCUUUGCUUCCAGCCUCUAUAGAGGACCCACCUGUGAAGAAUGCCCGACGUGUCCCGGCCAGUGUGAGCUGCUGAGGCCGUGUGUCCAGUGUGAGGCCUUCGGGACAGGAGAGCUGGACGAAGACGAGUGUAAGCUGUGUGAUCCUAAGGCCAUCAUUGUGGACGAACUCAAACAAGGAGACGAAGUAACCCGCUGUGUCUUUAAGGAUGAGGACGACUGUUCCUUCAUCUUCACCUACGGCAACGGGCUGGACGGGAACAUGGAGAUAGAGGUGCAGAGGACUAAGGUGUGUCCUGAGGAAGUGAACAUCCUGGCCAUUAUCCUGGGAGUGAUCGGAGGUAUCCUGGGUAUCGGUCUGGCGCUGCUGCUCAUCUGGAAACUCCUCAUGACCAUCCACGAUCGCCGAGAGUUCGCCAAGUUCGAGAAGGAGAGGAUGAACGCCAAGUGGGACACGGGAGAGAACCCUAUCUACAAACAGGCAACAUCAACAUUCAAGAACCCAACAUACGGAGGAAAGUAAAACAUUUUUCAGCGAGGGUCCGCCACGGAAAACUGUACAUCUGAUCGUCUUCCUGUCAUACAAAGAAGCCUCACAGGUGCCUGAAAUAAAAAAAUAACUUCUCUGAAGUUUGGUCUUCAACCAUGGCCAAUGUACAGGUUGCAUAGUAGUCAGAUGACAUCUUUGUUAGGGAGGCCAAAACUCAAUAUUCUUGCCAAUUGAAAUACAAACAUGUUUUCCACAAGUUUUCCUUUGAGUUACUUACUUACUAUGGUACACAAGAAUUUGACUUGAGGCCAAAUUAUGGCAUUUUUUAUAUCACCAAAAACUUCAUGGUGCUGGCAUUGUUGUCUCCACUAUUGGUAUUUUUCUGUCAACUUCUCAUCAAAAAUGUUUGUGUGUGCCAAGUAAUAAUUAAAGUCAAUACUACAUUUGCACAAAGCCACCUUUAUUUUUGAGAAAUAUUACUACUGCAGUUUGAUUUUUUUCAUUUUAAUUACAUCGUUAUUUUUAGUGCCAAAGUUGCUGCCAAUGAUGUGUUGUAACAAACACUAUUUGAGGAUUUUGAAAACAUCUGAUAUACAAAAACUGCUCAAGAAAAACAUGAUAAUUAUAUCCUGUGCAAUUUUUUAUGAAGAUGAAAGCAUGUUGCUAGUUUGGAAAUUCUUCCUGAGUAUCUAGAUCUUCCAGAUCAAGAAGUGUGCGAUUUGAAGACAAAAUCCCUACCAAAAAAAAAUAGAUUUUGAAAUCCUCAUUAUAUUUAGUUUUAGGCUGUGUUUUAAACGUGAAGCUGAAGCAUUAGGGCGUAGCCUAGGUUUUGUACAUGGUUUUACAAGUUUCACUAUGCAAUAAUGUGCAAAAGUUUUGCGACGUCUGUGGUUUUUGUAUGAAUUUUUGUACAUAGUGCAGUUAAGUACCUUUAUAGAAAGAAUUAUGUAGACCCCCAAGCCUUUGUAGAGAUUUUGGAUGAAAUCUUGAAAAGAAAUAUGUCUCAAGAGAUGAGAUGUUCAAGUUAGAGAGAGUCUUAUUACAAGCUUAACUACAAGAUGUUUUCAUUAUCGAGGAUUCCUCCUCAAGAACGUAUCGUAACAAAAUGAUUAUGUUUUAACUCAUAUCAUUUAUCAAGUAUCAGGACACAUACAAGUACAGCAAAAAAGUAGCGGUAGGUGGAGACGUAAUUCUUGAUGUGAUUUCUCAUGUUAUAACUUUAUAUUGUCCAUAACAUCAAGCCUCGCUAAGAAUAAAUAAAAGCAUAAUGUAUGUGUGGUUGCUUUAUUGCCUACUACCCAAAUCGCUCACUGUAUUUAUUUAAGUGUGUGCUGUGUAGAAUGAAGGAAGAAGUUUAGAGCACCAGAUUAAAAAGUGAUCAAUGCAUUAUUUCUGUUAGAAAAUCAUCUGCAAGCUUUAUUUUAACAGAAUUUUACAGUACUUUAAUUGACAUUAGAUCUUUGUGUCUAAGUAUGUGCUACUAGAAUGCCAAGUAAAGAAAUUGAUGUGUUAGUUUGAAGUGAAAUGGGCCACCUUCAUUGAGCUUUGGCCAUCUUGAAUUUAUACACAUAGACACUAUAUAAUUUUUCCAACAUUAAGUUGAACAUGCUAAUUGUAUGUUCCCUGUAUUCAAAAGUGGGAAAAAUACAUGUAUUCAAAAGCAGAAUGAAUAGUGUUAGGACAUGUUUGAAAUUGAAUGGAAAAGACAUUGAUGGUCAAAGGUCAUUAAAAGUGGCCAGUUCAACUUGAAGUGAAGUGGAAUGAUCUCUUCUUCAGCUUUGGAGUACAAGCUUGGUAACAAAUAUGAACAUUUAGAAGAUCCUGAUAAUUAAUUGUUAGCAACUAUUAUGCGCAGUGUAGAAACUAUGUUGCUACGUGUAUCUACACAAUCAGUAUUGCACAUUAUUUAUUCCCUGUAUUAAUUUUCAACAGAGUUAGGCACUAAUAUCUAAGCAUGUACAUGGACUAGCUUCCUUUUAUAUUUGUAUUAUGUGUACACUUCAAUUGUACCUUUGUGUCAUUUCAUUAGAGCAUCACUAAUCUGAGUACAGACAACACAGUAUUACAUGUAAAACUUGAAUUGCGAAUUCUGUGGAGACAAUACAGAAAAUAAUAUGCCACAUUAUGUAUGGAAAUGCCUUCUCCGUCUGCAUGUAUGUUUACCAAGGGCACGAGUGGACUGGGGGAUGGUAUUUUUCUGGUCUUUUAUGUGGCUAACUGCUGUUACCGUUCUGCUUUGUAUUACCGGUACAUGGAAUUUUGUUUCUUCCACUCUCUGGAAACAGUAUCCUAAUCUCCAAGCAGAUCAGACGGUAGCAUAAGAUAUUAU